AAGAAGGAAGUCCCUCCUGGCUGUGUGGAGACUUCUUCAGCAUGGCCGACGUCUCUCUGGCCGUCACCCUGCACCGCCUCAAGUUCCUGGGUCUGUCCCAGCGGUUUUGGGGCGAGGGGACUCGGGUAAAUCUAGAGACGUACUACGAGCGAGUGGUUCAGCGGCCGGCCUUCAGGAGGGUGCUCGGACACGUCAACAACAUCCUGAUCUCCGCCGUGCUCCCCGUGGCGUUCAAAGUGGCGAGGAAGAACGCUCCGAUGAUCCUCGGCACCACGAUGCUCAUCGGGGUCCUGGGAGGGGCCGCGUACCUCGCCUUUCUCUACAUGAAGAGGAGGCUGACUGUGUCCUUCUGAGGGAGAAGAGACUGGGAAGUAGAUAAACACAGGACACAUAGGGACAUUACUCCGACUUCAUGAUGUAGAGUUAAAAGACCAGAGAGGGAUAUGAUCGUUCUGCAGACUUCAGUACUCUAGGCUGAUUAAAACACACGUUAAUUCUCUCAUUGGCAUAUAUAGGUAAUUAAGGGAUUAGGAUGAGAACACCUUUACAAUAUAUUUCUGAUUCUGCAGCUUCAAAACCACAUAGCUUAUGUAAUGAAUGCUAAGUCAGAAGGUAUGAAUACAUGAAAUGAAGAUUAAGGGUAGAACACCUGGUGUUGGAUCAAAUAUUUAAACUAAGGAAAGGAUCAGAUAACUUUUCUAUCUUACGGAGAUCUUUGUUAGGCAUUGCCGAAAUGUCUGAUUAAUACAUUACAAAUAUGUUGAAGUGUCUUCUCUUAUAGCUUGGCAGUUUUUUUUUUACAAUCCAUAUAAUUAAAUAAGAUGUUUAUUUAUUCCUGAAGAGAAUUGUUGUUAGCAGUUUCAGUGCAAAGCGUCUUUGAGUUUCUAGAAAAGCGCUAUACAAGUGUCAUGUAUGAAAGAAAGUACAAAUAUAAAUAUAUAUAAAACAUAUACAUAUAAUUUGAAGAAUCUAAUAGCUGUUAUCUGCUUGUUUAUGCAAAUUGUAUCUGCCCUGUCAAAUAAAUAUGUAAAAGAUAUUGAGGUACAUAUAUAAAUAAAUAGCACAUGAAUGUAUCAUCGGUCUCAAUCGGAUACACGUCUGCAAUGCUUUGUUAGCAUAACGAACUGUAACUUCUUAGAAAUGGGCUGAACUCCACAAAAAGAAGGCGUGGUCAUCUUCAUGUGAACUUCAAUCAUAGAUACGUUCGUCCUAUAUGCGCUUCGUCAUUUACUAUUUCAUUGUUGUGCAUUUUUGCUUGUUAGAAAUGUGAAAAGUAAACUAAGAGACUGCUUUCUGUGAACAAACUAUGCGUAAACUUCUGACAAAGCUCUGCAGGAUGUCCCUGUCGUCUCAUGUUUUACUGUAAGACAUUUAACAAAAGCUGAAUGCUUUUCAACCAAAUAAAACAUCUGUGUGAAUUAAACUGCUCCCUGACAACCUGCUGAAAAAAUAAACGUCAAAGGUUGCAAAAAC